AUGUCGCGCCCCGAAGACAUUCUACCCCCCGAUCUCUUCUACAAUGAUUCCGAGUCUCGGAAAUACACGACGUCAUCUCGUAUCCGAAAGAUCCAAUCGACAAUGACCCACCGCGCUCUCUCACUCCUCGCCCUGUCUUCUCCCUCCCUGAUCCUCGACAUUGGCUGCGGCUCCGGCCUCUCUGGGGAAAUCUUGUCACAGACGCAAGAACAAGGCACUCCAGGUGGCCCGCAUGUGUGGGUUGGCUUCGACAUCAGCGCAUCAAUGCUGGGCGUGGCUCUGGAGAAAGAAGUUGAGGGGGACCUACUGCUGGCGGACGCGGGACAAGGCGUGCCCUUCAGACCCGGAACUUUCGAUGCAGCCAUUAGUAUAAGUGCGGUGCAGUGGCUGUGUAACGCCGAGACAAGCGAGGAGAGCCCGGCGGGUAGACUGUCGAGAUUCUUCAACCAACUGUAUGCGAGUUUGAAGAGAGGCGGCAGGGCUGUGUGUCAGUUCUACCCAAAGAACGACGCGCAGAAGAAGAUGGUAGCCCAGGCGGCCAUCAAAGCCGGUUUCGGGGCAGGUCUGCUAGAGGAUGAUAUGGGUACCAAGAGCGCGAAGACCUAUCUCGUUUUGACCGUCGGCGGUGGAGCGUUGGACGGCGACAUUACGGGCGUGGUGAGGGGUAUGGAGGGUGUGGAUGUCGAGGAUGCUAGGAGGAAAUCAAAAGGCAUGAAGAGGGGCGAGGAGAGGAAAGGCAGCAAGGCGUACAUCAUGAAGAAAAAGGAGCAGAUGGAGAGGCAAGGCAAGGUUGUCAAGGCUUCCUCCAAGUACACGGGCCGCAAGAGGAGGAUUCAGUUUUAG